CUCAGUUCCGGAAGUUGCCUCGUAGGGUGGCGUGCUGGUCCGUGUGGCCUUUGUAAGAUUCCACCAUGGCGUACCGUGGCCAGGGCCAAAAGGUGCAGAAGGUGAUGGUGCAGCCCAUCAAUCUUAUCUUCAGAUAUUUACAAAAUAGAUCUCGGAUUCAGGUGUGGCUCUAUGAGCAAGUGAAUAUGCGGAUAGAGGGCUGCAUCAUUGGUUUUGAUGAAUACAUGAACCUUGUGUUAGAUGAUGCAGAAGAAAUUCAUUCUAAAACAAAGACAAGAAAACAACUGGGUCGGAUCAUGUUAAAAGGAGAUAAUAUUACUCUACUACAAAGUGUCUCCAACUAGAAAUGAUCAAUGAAGUGAGAAGUUAUUAAGAAUCUUAUACAGUGUUUUUUUGUUUUGUUUUUUGUUUUUUUUUAGUGUUCUUUGCUGGGAAUCUAAGAAAACAUCUGUUCAUAUUGUUUGAUGAGCCCCGUUGUUAGUGUGCACAGUUCUGAUGACCUUGUGUUAUCAUCAGGUGACAAUAAAUGCCUUGGGAUUGUUUUUAUUAAGUU